AUGGCGAUCUUUGCGUGUUGUACAUUUUUCAUUGCGGCCGUUUAAGUGUAUUUGUGUUGUGUAAGUGUGUGGUGCAAGUGAUUAAACAACACGAGCAUACACGUGCCUCCACAACAGUGGCUGCCGCCGAAGAGAGUGAUAGUAAGAGAAAAUUGAGGAGGAAAAGUUCCGUGGCCCGUUGCGUUCGUGUGCCACACCGUACGCGUGCAUUGUUUCUCUGUAGCGCAAAUGCAAUGGAAAUGAGCCGUCAGCACUGAUGAGCUGUGAACGGGUGGAAUGGCGCUGUGUUAGUGGGUGCUGAUAGAGAGUGCAAUAGAAAAGAAAAGAAAGAGAGUGUAAAUCACCACCCCGCACAUCUGAGAUUACACAGCGGUGCAAUUUAAAAGACACAUCUCCAUCCCGCGCCUCAGGGGUGGUAGUAUUGUUUUUUUUUGUUUUGCCAAUCUGUAUAUUUGGGAGGCGAAACUGGUGCGCACACCAAGUGGGCUAGUUCGCACACCGUUACACACGUGAUGCACCGCAACAAAUUAGUGAAGAAAUGUGAAAAAGAAGAGUGAAAGGAAAAGGUGAAACAGCGGGAAGGAAGGUGUGUUUGUGUGGGCGUGUGUGGUUGUGUGGGUGUGGGUGUACCUUCGCCGUAACACCCAGCAGAAGAAGAAAGUGCAUGUAAGUGAUUACACACCGUGCGUGGGGGGGUAGCAAUGGUAUGCGAAGAUAAUUUAAAAAUCAAUUUGCAAUAGAAAAAAAAGUAGCCUUACGAGCAAUAGCAAAGCGGGGCAAUAGAAAAGGGGUGGAAGAAUAUAGUGAUCGUCCGUCGUGUAUAUAUUUCUAUAUAUGCAUGGAUGUAUGUGUCCGUAUCGUAGUUUGUUAGCGCCUCUGGGCGUGCAUCGAUGAUUAAAGAAAACAUAGUUUAUCGUAUCGAUGACGAGCCGACGCAAGUGCAAUAACGGUUCUGGUGGAUGAAGCGAUUGUUACCCCGCAAAAGGGCGGUUCCGCCUAAAAGCGGCAGUAAAUGGCAAAAAGCCCACGAAACCGUAACCGUGUGCUUGCUGGUAGGAUACCGGAAUAGCAGAGGAAAGUUAGAUGAAAUAGCAAAAAUCUUGUGCCCGAGUAGAAUGUUGAGUGCAUGGUUUUUCGUUUAACAUAAUCGCCGGGUGUUUGUGUGCGAGCGGUGGGAGUCUUUAACGCCAGCUUCCGCCCGAAGCAGAAGCUUCCGUUAGUAGAUGAAAAUUAGCAGCAAUAAUCAACCUCCAGUGCAAUCGUACACGCACGUGCAAUGCAAUGAAACAACCGUGCGAGACGCACCGCAAUAGUAGCAUCAACAGAAACAGUAGCAACGUCGUUUGUUUCGUUCGCCGGGAGUUGUUGGUACGACGACUCAGCGCUCUCUUUAACAUAAACACCAACACAUACACGCAAGCGUACGCUUAGGACAUAAGACAUAAGCAGGCGCCACCGAUCGAUCGGCAGAUCAUCACCGUCUUCAUCGGCACUGUCGUCCGCGUCGUCGCUCCGGACGACCGGCGUAGUCGGUGAAUUGGACAUGAACAAAUCGCUAUACCCAAGGCACGACGAUGAGCAUGAAAGGAUGGAGCGGAGAGAACGGGAUAAACAAGCCCGUGCCCAACUGCAGGCCGAACGGGAACCGGAACCAACAGCACCACUAUUCGCAGCACCGGUUAAAGUGCAAAGUCCAUCCGAUAUGGAUAUGCACAUCGCACAGCGACUCGGUAGUUUCGAGGCAGUUAAGAAGCAUAUUAUGGAACCGCACACGUCGUAUCAAGUGAUCGGUAUCGCGCCUACCCCUUCAACGCCCCUACGUCCCUCCACCGUGAUGCCCAGCCUGGUCUCUGGCAGCCACCAUCGGUCGCUUGCACCAAAAACCAAUAGCAAUAGUAGUAGUACCAUUAGCAAUAGUAUCGCCAACUUCGUCAAACCGGCCGACAAUCGUUCGAUGUACAAUGGACGACCAUCGUCGUUGUCGGGAUCGAGUGCAGGACGAAACAAUCUACCAGUACAUUACUCGUCCUCGACUUCCUCGUCCUCUUCCGCACCUGGAUCGUUCAACAAACACGAGGUGCAUGGAGGAGUCUCAUCGAAAGGACCGCCUUUAUCCGUACCGCCUUCAGCAAUGAACGGACGAGCAUCGUCCGGGGGGACUAUCGGCAGUAGUAGCGGUGGAACAGGUGGCCCAUCCUUCGGCAGUGAUAAGUUACCCUCGCAAAUGUCCAACGGUCGACUGCCCCAGGUUGCAAAUGCAAAAAUGCCUAGAGUAAAUUCAAGUGAUAUUUCAACUCCGCUCAAACAGGGCAGCAACGUUGAGAAGAUACUGCACGAAAUGAAGAAGAACAUCUUGACACCGCUGACGGAGAUCGGGGCCACGCCGCGUAAGGAACUGGAAUCGAAAUUUAACUUCAACAACCCGAGCGCAAACAAGAGGCACGUUUAUGCUACACCGGGGUUUUUGGAGCCGCUGGUGGAAGGUGCCACGAAAGCGUCCCUUUCCGGAUUAGCGAUGCUUCGUCCACUAGGAUCAAACAUAGAGGACGAUAAUCAGAACAAUGGUUCGGAUAGUGAUGAUGGAGGUGAUGGUGAAUCAAAGAAACGGAAUUCUAGUGAUACCUCUUCGAACGAAAGUGCUGAGGAAUCUUCGAGCGAGGACUCCAACAUUGGCAAUAAACGGGGCGUGAGCAUUCCCAUUUCCAGCGUUCCAAUGAGCGGGGACGUAAAUGGAAACGUCGGAAGCAUAGCGGGAGUGGAAGGGGUCGCUGGAUCAGCUGGAACAGGAAGUGGAAGUGCCGGUGGGAACAGCAGUCCCGUGAGGAGACCGAGCGAUUGGUCGCUUUUAAAUUUCCUAAAGCAACCUACCAGCAGUAGUCAACAAGUGCCAACAAGCGAAAGUGCCCCCCAUAUUGGUGGUGCCACCGGGGACCGUUUUGGCUCGCAUCACCAUCACCAACAUCAACACCAUAGUCUGCAGCGCGCGCUCGAGGAAAAUUCCAUAUCAUCUCCAUUGCGGCCGCAACGAUUGAGCGGUGUAAGUGACAGUGGACCGUGUACGCUCGUUGCAUCCCCUAUCGCGGAUGGACGUUCUGGUGCGCCGGUAAAAAACGAACCGCUACCACCGCUGGACGAUGACCACUUGUCAAACGCAAGCAGUAGCGCAAGCAAUGGCGAACUGCCUGCAGGCACGGGUAUAUCUUCGUCCGGUAUCAAUGCAUCGUCCUCGUCGUCAUCGUAUGUAAAACAGGAACCGUAUCCCAGCGAAAACAGUGCCUCGCCAACUGCCGGUAUCAAAAGUGAGCUAAAGGAUGACAGCGCCGACCGGUUAUCGUUGUCUAGUCCCACGAAAAGUCCGGAUCUACAGCAUCAUCCGGUUGGUAGUUUCAAUCUCCACCAUCGUCAGCAGCAGCACUUGUUCGGCGACAGUAUCGUCGAGCAGGAAGAUGUGAUAUGUGCCCUGCAGGAAGCCAAAGAGUUUAGCCUGAUCAAGCCUAUCUCAAGCAUGUCUGAUUCCGAUUCGGAUGACGCAGAUGUACCUACUAUGGUUGGUGGCGAUCAUGAGCAGCAUCGUGUGAACCUGCACAACGUUAAUGCGCAUUUAGCUCAUCAGCCCGAAGGUGACACGGUUGCAUCUGGAAAUGGUAUAGCAUUAUUAGCGACCACAUCUAACAUUGCAAAAAAGAAAAAGUGGAAACGUAAGCUUAUUGCCGGUUCCGGUAAUGAACGUGAAGCUCGCGAUAGCUCAACUAGUAGCAGCGAAGAUGAACGAUAUAGUGCUACAAGGCGGAGUCGAUCGCAGUCCUUUGAGAAGGAUAAAACACAUCUCAAAGCACGGGGACGGGCGCGUAAAGGGCACAAUACUCAUAGCAGUGGUGGAGGCGGUGGGGGCACUACGAGUGCCGCAUCCAGUGCUCGCUUUUCCGAUGCGGAUUCGAUAGCAAGUGGUGGUGGGCAUCGGUCCAGUAAAACAUCAUCACAUGGAUCGACACCAACGAAAAAGGGUGGUAACUCAACGGUGGGAAACUCCAUGGCGUACGGUCACGGAGCAGGUGAUACAGGUGGAGUUGCGGGUAUAAUGAGCCCUCCGAUUAGCAUACCGUCUGUGGAUAGAAUUGUGAUGUCGAAAAAGGUAACCUCCCGCAAAUCACGCAAAUCCUCUAGAAUUUGCAGCAGCGAAACAGUGCUUUCUACGGGGAGCAGUUCCUCGUCAUCUGGUUCGUCUAUUGAAGCCGGCGCCGGAGCAUCCUCAGUAGAUUCUGGUGAUUCAGAUUCUGGCAAUGAACGAUCUACACCGGCGCCAGUUGAAAUCGGUCCUGUUGUGCCUGCGGCGAAAACAAAAAAGCACAAAACGAAGAAAAAGCACGAUAAAACGAUGGCAAUAGAUGUUCCCACGACCAACAUAUCGACAGUCAAGGGAAAUAAAGCGAUCGCUGGUGAAAUGUCAAUAAAACAAGGAACCAGUAAUGGCAGCGGGAGCAGUCGGAGUAAUAAUAACUUUAACCUGCACAAUCUAUCUUCCGACAGCAAUGACGAAAGGCCUUCUGUUCUGUCUUCUCCAUUUCAAAACAAUGGAGGAAAAGUGACUGAUGUCAUAACGCAUGGAAGCUUUUCGAAGAAAUGCCAUAAACUGUCAAUGAACCAGACGUUAGUCCAGGAGGAUGAAUCCCGAGUGCUGAAUACCAAUGGUAACAAAACGGUCGAUGACGAUGAUGACGACGACGAUGAUCGCUCUGAUACUCACAGCGAUAGUGAAAGCGAUACUCCAACCAAAAAAGAGACGAAGCAAAACAAAAAUAAGAAAGCGGCACUGUUUGCUCGAGUGUUUAUAAAUACGGCCGCCGGAAGUGGUGGCAAGGGCAAGGGUGGCAAAGGUAAAGGUGGUAAGGGUAAAGGUCAAGUGUACAUUGACCAUGUGGACGAGCUAAAUGUGGCGAAAAGCAAUGGCACUUCAACGACACCAAAUGCAAACAGCCAAAUUGCAACUAGUGCAGAUCAGCGUCGAACAACCCAGCAGCAUCAUACCGUGUCAGAGCUUGUGGGCAAUGUGGACACACCACCGAGACCUUCGUCCGAUACGGGAGAGAGUCGUCCGAACAGUCGAGCAACGGGGGUUAUUGCUGCCGUCUCGCCUACGCUGGACAAGAUGCUUUUCUCACAUACCAGUGGUGCCUUAAGUACUAACAACCUGUCGCUUGUCUGUCGGAUCGAUCUAAGUCGAUUGUUAAAAAUUCCACCGCCACCAGCACAGAACCGAUCGCAGCCUGGGCUGCGAACCCACGAAAGCUACAACGCACACCGCAGUGCCUCUUCGGCGCGUCAGAAGAGUAAUAGCCCUUACGAUCAAUUGCACGGCAAGCGGCGCCGGAAUUCGGUUGGCCAACAAGAGCACCAUGAUCGAAGCGGCAGCUCGGUGCACAGUUCCUCCUCAACCCCGAGGCUAUUGGAUGAGCGCUUAACGUACGGCGGUAGUGUUCCUUCCCGUGUUCUUGCGGACGACUGUUCCCCGGUGUUAGAGAAUGGAGGUUCGUUGCGACAUCGGAGCAAUUCCAUAAACAGUGAUCACAGCGGUGCAGCCCAAAAGGCCCGGGAGUAUCGAGGCGGAAGUGAUGCAGCUUACGGAAACAAUUCACCUUCGAUGCAUCAACGGCAUAAUCAUCAAACUAUAUACACCAAUCAUCAUCACCUUGGCAGUCAAUCGGAAAUCAAUUCGAAAGGGAGCGAAAGUGAAAAAUACGAUGAGAAGUUGUUGGCCAAAUCCGAGAAGCUCAGCUACGAUGAACAGCAACAACGCCUAAAAGAAGACAAAGCUUCUUCUCUGUUGUUUGGCGGUAGCCGUAUGGGUAACGGAAAAUAUUCUAGCUAUAGCAGUGUAAUAAAGCAGGAAGGCAAUGCGGGAGCAGCUCAAUCAUUGAUCAAGCAAGAGUACAACAGGGAGGACCUGUUGGUGGAUAGUAAACUUGGGAAGCAACCUGUGGGACCUGUAAUGACAAACGGUACUGUAGGAGAAGGAGAAUCCAUUGUCCCAUUGGGUGGAAGCGGUCGUAUGCGUAAACGGUCUACUAGUGCCGGUAGCAACAAUACGUAUAAGGAGAAGCGCCGAAAAAAGGAUAAAUCAUCCGCAAAUUUACAGACUGAUCAACUUGACCAACUUCCUCCGACCAAUCAUGAUCGGUUAGAUGAGUGCGCUUCUGCGGCAAAUGCAGGACGGUCAGCAAUAUCGACAGAAAGGAGCUCCAUCGGUGGUCAGCAGCAUCAGGCAGCAUUGCUUCACAGUAGCUCCAAUCAUCAAGGUCAACCGCAUCUGAUAUCAGUCGGUCCUGGUAAUGGGUUUGAUACAGGGAAUCCACCAAAUACCGAUGGUAACGUUGGACCACCAGUAGAGAUCCCGGUGCAAAUAAAAAAAGUGUACGUGUCGUAUUUCGAGCGCAACGAAGAAGUACCGGAAAUACGGGACCAAAGCCGUUUUCUGUCGGAAGCCAAGCGACUCAAGCAUGCAGCUGACCGGGAGGGAGACCAUUUAGCACAAGCAAUGUUGUACCUGGAAGCCGUGUUGUUUUUCUUGCUCACCGGAGACACGAUGGAGCGGGACCCGAUUACCGAGAAAGCUGCCUUCACGAUGUACAAAGAUACGCUUUGUUUAAUUAAAUUCAUUUCGUCCAAGUUUCGCAGUCAACUACAAAAUCAAACAGUCCAGGGUAACAUCCAUACUAAGGUGGCCAUUCUGAGUUUGCGCUGUCAAUCGUUGAUCUAUCUCAAGCUGUACAAAAUGCGCCGACUCGAAAUGAAAGAGACGGCAAAGACAAUCGGCGAGUUUAAUCACAAAACCAGCACAGUGCCGGCAGAGUUGGCUAAUGGAAACACUCCAUCACCACUGUCGCCAACGUCCGUUGGCUCACAGAGUUCCGGUUACAGCUCCGGUCAGAACAAUCACGUUGGAUCCAUACCACCGAUGAAUUCGUCCCCUGCCCAAUGCAUUAUAAUGCCAAUAAAUGUUCACAAUGCGUAUCAAAAGCAGACAACAUUGUUUACACAUCUUUCCACAUGUCUUGACCUUUGGGAGCAAGCGGACAGCUUAGUUUCACGGGGGAAUCAUGUCGAAUUUUUUAUCGAACUAGAUCACGAAAAUGGACCCAUGACGCUGCAUAGCUCACUGCACAAUGUCGUAAAGUACGUGCAAGCCGGGAUUCAGAAGCUUCGGCGCAUGUAACAUUGGGCAUUGCUGGUAGAACCGGUGCAGAAGCAGCUAGAACCGUUCUAGCCAGUUUGCUAUACUUGUUGACAAUAAUGAGCAACGUUAAAAUGGAUAGGAAUCGUGCUGGAAACUUGAAAUGAGAAAUGAGAUCCAUCGGGUGUGUGUGCUUUAGCGAAUCUCUCACACACGUACUGCAAUCCGUCGGUCAACACUUCCCGCACUUUCCAUCACUCAACAAUGACUACGAUUAUGGACCAGCAAUUUUUCCGUGAAACGAAGCAGAACAUUCAAAAGCAAUCGUCAUGCAAGAUGCAAUUCAUCACUACUCCGUAAAGUUAUUCGCUAUUCGGUAAGGUAGAAAGACUUGAUCGUUAGUGUGCAAGACGUGGUGCUAUAUGUUCGUCAUAGGAAUGACGUCCAACCGUUCGUUGCAUUGCAACGUUCGUGAGUAAAAUCAAGAGUUUGCACACACCGUAAUGGUGUUGGUUCGAGCGUGAACUUUUCCAAUCAUUAAAUCUAAUAUCCAAACACGUGGGAACAUUGAAUAGCCGUAGAACUGUAACCAAACAGAAGCUGGUGGUGAUCAGCAUAAAAAACAAUCAACAACUAAUAGCAGAAGCAGCAUCGUGAUCGUUGGUCAAACUACAUAGCUCAACUGUGUGCGCUUAUGUUAAUUCACAGCCGUAGAGGCAACUACCUAAUCAUGUUUGUUAUACAAGGACCAUACUAAAACGGUGUAUAGAAUAAUUUAUAUGUUGUCUUGCUUUCUCGUAGAACAAAACGCUGAAUAAUGAAUUAAGUUAUAAAUAGCAAAAGUGCAUUUGCUCAACUUUUGCAUAACACGGUGUAGAAAAUCAUCCAGGUUAGUAAAUUUUCGUUUUCUUUGCUGUUAAAUCGUCUUUUACGAGUUUCUGCCAUUUUAAGGACCUUCAGUGAGUUUACUAAGGUUAUGCUAUCACGGUUAAAUGUACUAUGAACCUCUAGACAUGCUGAUGUAUAGUUUGUGCUUUUUAGCGGACUGACGUUUUACUUUUGUCUCUUAAAGACGUGUAUUUUGUGCUUAAAACUAUUCUCCGGCGCUUGCAUUGUAAUGGUGUUGUUAGUAAGACACUAGUUCGCAUCGACUGGCAAAGCCAGUAUCGAACUGUGUUGGGACAGUUAGUCAACUAGAACGAACAUUUCCUACGAUUUUUAAAAGGAAACACAAAGACACUAUUAGGAUCCACCCGGAUGGUCCCGUUCCUGUCCGGUAUGGAUAAUAAAACAUAGCAGUAGACAGGUAGAUGCUGCCGGUAGGUGGAAGAAAUGCAUCUUUUUUUUUUAAAUAUACAAUUGAAAGGUAUCCAACAACAGCUACGUUUAGUCAGAGAAUCAGAGAGAAUGAAGGAGGUGAAACGGUAACAGUAAGGCUAUUUUAUAUGUUGUUUAUAGAGUUUUUAAUUAUUUACAUGCUUAAUGCUCACAUAAUAAAUAGCGGGAAGUGUACACAAGAAAGACUUAUUGAAGAGACAUACAAAAAAGGCAAGACUUUUAGAAAAGUACGUGAACAAACAACCGGAACCGUUAGAUCACAGUCUACUAACAGAAGGAAACACAAAAUCACAGUGUAGUUUAAUUUUGAUAAAUCGGAGAGGCUGUACUGCAGCAAAACAGGGACGGCCCGGUGACAUAUUGGUAGCGGUGGCGGUCUUCACAUGAUACGACCGGUCCAACAUCCCAUCUGGACCAAUCCCCUAUAGCAAGGACUGACUACCUGUCUACAUGGUAUAAUAAGUCCAGUGCCUACCAGAAAUGGUAGGUAUGACCUAGUAGCAGGUGGUUACGUCAAGAAGAAGUGCUGCAGUAACAAAAAGUUUCAACAACGCGGUGGCUCACAUCAAAGAUUAUAUAAAGAAAUUUUAGUCGAAAGAAUGCCAAUGUUUGAGAAUAUCUGCCAAUGUAUCCUUUGCUCUUGCCUCAAAUUUCGUUCGAUGUAGAUAUCGGUGUUUGUUCAUUAGUUCGUUUGUUUGAAACUUAUUGCAAAUUGCAGUGUUAUUUAAAUCGUUGUGCAAGCACCGAUUAUUGUCAAUCAGUUUUUUUUUUGUAUGGAUGGAUUGGAUAGAAUUAUAUGACUUGAGUAUGAUUCCAAUAAUAUUUUUCAAAAUUAUUUACAAAAUUCAAAACACAUUUUGGUGCAAGGCUACUGCCGGGUAAUCGGCACAGAUUGAGCUGAACAGAUCACGCGGGAUUUGUAUGUUUAACAUGCUCGACUUAGUUUAUGCAAUUUAUUCACCGCGAUUUAAAACAUGUUUGCAGUUGAAACUCGUCAGUUUAUUUCUAAAGUAUUAGGUUUGAAGACGCUCACCAUUAAAGCCAUCACCAUUUUUCCUUCCAGCCUGCCACACAUUGCACAAGCUGCAUUAUGGGUACGAAGAUUUAUCUGGCUAUGGCUAUAUUUAUAAAUAAUCAUUCUAGGCAGACCUUCAACAGCUGGAAAGGCACCGCAAAGGAGUAAAGGGAACUGAAAUAGCUCAAUUAAUAUAAAAAUGAUGCCUCCCAGCCAUAUGCAAUUGAUAAUUGUUGAAUCUAAAGCAAAUCUGAACCUAAGAUUGUAAAUUUCGUGGGAAAAAAAAACAAAAAACUGUAUGAGAAUGUCGGAAACGAAACACACACCACCACCACAGAAGGCUUAAAAUUUGUUUUUAUAGCUUUUUUAUAAUACUAUACUAAGUUUUUUGUUGUUAUAAUUUAUUGUUUAUUGUUUAUCUUUGAUCUUUUUUUUGUAAAAUAAUAUGAAACGACGAUUUCGAUCAUUAAUUAUCGCUGAAUCUUGCUACGAACGUUGUUAGUUGUAAAGUCAUCUGUUAGUAGGUUUCUGUUUCGGGGACCAAUGGUUUUAUAUCAAUAGUGCUCCUCUCUCUAACGAGCCUUCUCUUCCUAAUUCGGGUUAAGCUGUUGCGCAAAACCGAGCCACAACAGUUGAGCAUAACACAAUGAUUUACAGCCUAUUCUUAAAUAUGAUUACUGAAACGGGUAGUGAAAAGCAUCAGAUCCUUAAUGCAACUGACUAGCAUGAAUGGUAGAAUGUUUGAUUGCCUGUCGUAUGAAUUCUCCGAUUCCGCAACACUACCCGUACUCGCAUCAAUAAGGAAUCAAUUUAUAAAGCAGAUUAAAAAUAAUAAGUCACGUGAAAAGCGAUCGCCCACUUAAUGCUUUGUUUUGUUGGCAUGUCACAGUAUACUAAACCAAGUGUCACGCAAAAAAAAAAAUAAAAGAACGAACAAGAAUGCAAUUCAACUACAAUAUUAUGCGAA